AUGUCAAACGCUCAAUUUAUUACUUUAAUUCAAGAAUUGCGAAGUUCGACAUUGGGAACUAACGAAGAACUUUUAACCCGACUACGUGAGAGUUCGGCUACUCCUACAUUGUCACCAAUGACGGGAAAUUUCGUAAAGUGCACAGCUCGUUUCGACGGUAGUGAACAUGCCAAUGUAGAAGCGUUUCUGGAUAAUAUUCUUACGUUCAAGGAAUGCACACACGUGAGCGACGACAAUUCACUACGUAGAUUGUCCAUGUUACUUAAGGGUACUGUCGCAACUUGGUGGCAGGGGAUAAAAACCUCGACUUUAACCUGGACCAAUGCAGUGCAAGCAUUAAAGGAUUCGUUCUCCAAAAAGCUACCGCCCUAUUUAAUUUUCCGAGAGAUAUUCGCGCGCGAACAAAACACGGAUGAACAGACCGAAUUGUUCGUUUGCAAUGUACGAACAUUACUUGCACAUUUACCGUACACUCUGUCAGAAGAAGCUGAAUUGAAGAUAAGAAAAAGACUUCCGCGUAAUAGAUUUCAAACUUCCAUUGUUAGAAUCUAA